AGAAGAGCGAGCCGCAAAAAACCCGCAUUCCCGUACGCAGCAGCAUAUCCCCGGCCGUGCCAGUUUCCGAACUUCAUACGAAAUUUAGUUAAUUUAGCACCCGUUAUGGCCAUUAAUCCACAGUACGAGGAAAUUGGCAAAGGAUUCGUCACCCAGUACUACGCACUGUUCGACGAUUCCACCCAACGGCCGAGCCUGGUAAAUCUCUACAAUGCGGAACUAUCGUUCAUGACGUUCGAAGGGCAACAGAUACAGGGCGCCGCCAAGAUACUGGAGAAGCUGCAAAGCCUCACGUUUCAAAACAUCAAACGGGUACUUACGGCAGUUGACUCGCAGCCCAUGUUCGACGGUGGCGUACUGAUCAACGUGCUCGGCCGGUUGCAGUGUGACGAGGAUCCGCCGCACGCCUACUCCCAGACGUUUGUGCUGAAGCCGCUCGGCGGAACGUUUUUCUGUGCGCACGACAUUUUCCGGCUCAACAUUCACAAUUCGGCUUGAAA